AAUUUACUCAAAAUUUUGGAUGACGAUGAAUAUUAUGAUAUUACUAUUGAAGUCGGAAAUGACCCUUACGUAAAUAUAUUUCGUGCUCAUAAGGUCAUUUUAUAUUAUCGUUCUCCUUAUUUACGAAGAAUUCUGUCAACCAAUAAAAAGAAAGAUGAUAAAGCUUUGAUACAUCAUAUUAAAUUACCAAAUAUUUUACCUGAAAUUUUUCAGAUAAUAUUAAG